AUGCAUCACCAACCAAUUCUAACAAGUCCAUCCAUAGAGUCAUCCUCUUCUUCCUCGUCGUCACACCAACAACACCACAACAGACAAAAUGACCAACCAACUGCCAAUAUUAGAGUGAUGCUAACAGGCAUUGUACCGAAUUGCUUGUUGGGUAGAUCGUUGACUAUUAAUUUAUUACCGAAUGGUCAUAAUAGUAGCAGUAACGGAAUGAAGGAUUUGAUUGCAAAAUAUCUAAAUGAAACAACUGUAAAACACUUUAAAUUGGAAAUUCUACAAAAUUUAUUAGAACAAGCUGAGAAAGACUUUGGCGGUAUUGAAAAUGGUGCAAAAUAUGCUUCUGUAUCAACGUUUGUCUCCCAUGCAAAGCUAUUGGAUUUCAAAUUAAUCAAAAUGGGUUUUCUGAUGGAAAAUGAAAGAUCUCUCAAUUACUAUGUAAAAUAUCAAACAUCCACUGUUAUGAACGAUGCCAUGACAAUUAUUUCCCUUCAUGCAGUUUUUCAAGAUUAUGCUGAUUUAAUGAUUAUGGUAGAAGAAAAGUUGCAACACGAAUUGCACAAUACUCAAGAAAGUCUCUAUCAUGACUCAUUUACUAUGGAGAAGAGAGGAGGUCUCCUCGAUGAAGAUGCAAGAGAAUCCGUUGACAUUGAACAGAAUAUUCGAGAAAAUACCACCCCAAGAGGUUGCUGUACUAUUUUGUAAUCUAAUUGAUCAAGUAGAAAUAUAUAUAUUUAUCUAUCUCUAUUGAUUCGAAAUUGAUCAAUUAGAUGAAGGUAAAAAGUGCUUGCUUCUGAAAGAGGUCACAACUUGCAAGCAACGAUCAAACCUAUGAUGGUGCUCUAAAGUAAUCAUUCAUCGAUUGAUACUGCCUACCACACUAACUCACUUUUCUACACUAUAGAGUAAACUAUUUGUGCAAUGUCAUAGAAUAGAUACAAAGGACCCAUGGGAAAAUGAGAUCAAGUCAAGGUUCAAAUUGUAUCCAGUGCCUAAAAGGAUCACCCUUAUUUUUCACAAAAAAAUAAAACUCUAAGG